GGUAUGAGAGACACUGAAAUAAAAGUAGAGGGGCCAACAGUGUAAUUUGCGAUUUUACAAAGACCGAUCUUUUACGUUGACAGUGAAGACCCAAAACGAGCUAUGGUGGAGGAGAGUUCAAGCAACCACCACCAAGACCAACCAUGGAGGGUCCUUGAAUUCUACAGUGGUAUUGGUGGCAUGAGAUACUCGAUCAUGAAGGCUGGUGUGAACGCAACGAUUGUCGAAGCUUUCGACAUCAACGACGUAGCAAAUGAUGUUUAUGAGUACAAUUUUGGCCACCGACCCUACCAGGGUAACAUUCAAACCCUGAGUGCUGCUGAUCUUGACAGCUAUCGUGCUCAUGCAUGGCUUCUUUCUCCUCCGUGUCAACCUUACACUCGGCAAGGUCUUCAAAAGGGCUCGGCUGAUGCUCGGGCAUCUUCUUUUCUCAAAAUUCUUGAACUUAUACCAGAAACUUCUCAACCUCCUCUCAUGAUAUUUGUGGAGAAUGUUGUAGGGUUUGAGACAUCUGAUACGCAUAGAAUAAUGAUUGAGAUAUUGGCAAAAGGUGAUUUUGUUACACAGGAGUUCAUUCUGAGCCCAUUGCAAUUUGGUGUGCCCUAUUCUAGGCCACGUUACUUCUGUCUGGCCAAAAGAAAACCUUCUUCCUUUCAAUCUCCGCUUGUGAAUAACCAGCUGUUUUGGUCUCCAAGCCCAUUGUUCGAGCUCGAGGCUAACAAUAUAGUUAAUGAAAGUAAUCAACCACAAGAGAGCUGCGAUCAGUGGCUGCAAGCUUGUGAGCCUAUAGAAAAUUUUCUUGAGUUCAAGAAUCCUAGCAAUCAAAUGGAAAUGGGAUCUGGCUUCUUGCACACAACCGUGGUUUCUACAAAUAUUUCUGAAAGUGAUGAAGGAAAUGGAUCUGAUGUUACUGCUGUAAGCCAGUACUUUGUACCGUUUGGCUUGAUAGAAAGAUGGGGAAAUGCGAUGGAUAUUGUCUAUCCUGAUUCAAAGCGCUGCUGUUGUUUUACAAAAAGCUACUAUCGAUAUGUUAAGGGUACUGGCUCCCUUUUGGCAACUGUCCAGCCAAAGACCAAGGAUGAAGCAUCUUCAUUGGAGGAGCAAUGCCUAAGAUAUUUUACCCCAAGGGAGGUUGCCAAUCUGCAUUCCUUUCCAAAGGAUUUCUCCUUUCCUCAAACAAUAAGCCUUCGACAACGUUAUGCAUUGCUGGGAAACAGUUUAAGUGUUGCUGUGGUUGCUCCAUUACUCAUGUACCUAUUCACAGAACCGUCAUGAUUAACCAAUCACAAGCUCCAUUGAUGCUUGAGGAUGGCAAUGAAUACAAGUAGCCUAAGUAAUCCAAUGUUGCUCUAACCUUCUGAGGUUCUUACAGCUGAGACGUGAAGCCAGAGUCCCAGCCUGUGUUGUCCUAACUAAAUGGUCUGAAGCUCGAAGUUCUAAAGCAGUUCUCAAUUGAGAGUUAUAUAAUUUUUGACAGUCCUGAAGUUGUUAUACCAAAUGAAUAUUACUUAAGUUGUUAGUUUGAGUUGCUAGUUUAAUCUGUUGAUGAAUGACACAAUUAUAGGUUUUCAGCCUGGGAAUUGUCAUAUUAAGUGAUUUUAUGGGAGGUUACUAUAAUUGUUUCCGGGACUACCAUUUAAUCCAAUGUUUGUGUUGUCCGGUACAUGGAUUA